AUGGGGGCGCCGGCUCCGAGCGAAGCCUCCCGGGGGCGGAAGAAGUCGGCGGGGCGUGGCCACCACCGCUUCGUCGGCGUCCGGCAGCGCCCCUCCGGUCGGUGGGUGGCCGAGAUCAAGGACUCCCUCCAGAAGGUCCGCCUCUGGCUCGGCACCUUCGACACCGCCGACGACGCCGCACGCGCCUACGACGACGCCGCACGCGCCCUGCGUGGGGAGAACGCGCGCACCAACUUCGAGGUCCCGAACCCUUCCUCCCACGGCGGGGCCCGCGGCGGCCACGACAGCAUCGAGCCCUUCUCGUUCGAGGAGGUGUGCGGGACCGGGAACGAGACGGACGGGAUCCUCGGCGCCCUCAAGACCAAGCUGCUCGACGGAAAAGGCCUACGGAUUAAUCCAGCUGGCAGCAGCAACAACAACAACAACGCGCCAGCUGGCAGUGGUGGAGGUCAAAAGGACCAUACUACCCCUAUGAAUCAUACCGGCCAAGUAGCCGUAGCCGUAGCUCCCCCGGCGGCCCACAUUGGUGGUAGCAAUAGUAGGCCACCCAAGCCCCCGAAACCGAACCAACCGGCCGGUUUUGUCGGUGGUUCGACCGGGAUCGAGGAUAUUGGUCAUCAUAAUAAUCGUCAUGUCACGGAUCAUGGUAUGGUCGCGACUGAGCAUCAUCAGCAUCAAGGACUACACAAUUAUAGUCAGGAUACAACGGAAACGAUCGAUCUGAACAAUUCGAGUUACUGGGAAAAAACCAACGUUCAGUGGCAGCAGAGUCCUCCGCCCGUGACACUAGCCCCUAGCGGGGCGUGGUCCGGUCAACUCCAACAUCCCGAAUUUUCCGCCGGGUAUAACGGCCAUCACCAAAUGGCGUGGGCCCCACAGCCAGACGACAACCACCACCACCAAAACGCGGUGGCUAAUUUGUUCGACGGCAGCAGUAGUAGCGGGGCGACGACCAGCUCGUCGUGGUCGCUUCAUGACCAAUCGGGCAAUUUCCGUGCGUCGUCGUUUUCGAGUUCCGGGAUGGAUGUGACGAUGGCAAACGGAAACAAUCACGGCGUUAGGUUUAUGGACUGCGAUCUCCGUUCGUCGUCGACGGAGCACCAGUUUAUGCACUGCGAUCUCAACAACAACGACGACAACAACAAUAAUAAUACUACCGGCUGGACGCCGCCACCUGCCGGCGCCGGCGGUUCGUCUUGGGAUCCUCUCCUCUACAUGUCGUCGGUGCUAGGCUGA